AUGCUGGUGGGGGGGGAGGGGCCCAGAUGCAAUGUAUGCGAGCCUAGGCUGUAUCGGUUUGGCGUCUGGCCUUUGCACACCUGGCAUCGCUUGCCUGGAAGCGUGGGAGCGUGCACAAGGACGGCAGGCUGCCCGGCAAUGCCGACCGAUGAAUUCCUGCUCCUGCAUCCUGGGCCCUCCCGAGCCCAUACACACAUAACCACGACACAUGCACAGGCGCCGGCAUUCACCUGCACCUGCAACGUGUGCCAGCGCGAGAUUCAGGCUGGCGAGGGGUACAGAUGCACCGUCUGCCCCGACUUUGACAUGUGCAACGACUGCUACUGCAAGCCCACCGUCUCGCACCCGCACGCCCUGGAACGGCACGUGCGCAAGUUUGACGAGACACGGAGCCGGCUGACGGAGGAGGAGCGGCAGCAGCGUGCUAACCAGCUGCAGCGAACCAUGCAUAUGCUGGUGCACGCCUCCGCCUGCUCCAACCCGGCCUGCCCCUCCUCAAACUGCGCGAAGAUCAAGCGCCUGUUCCAGCACGCGAUGACCUGCCCCAAGAAGAUCCACGGCAACUGCCAGCUGUGCUGGCGGAUGUGGUCGCUGCUGCAGGUCCACGCCAAGCAGUGCACGGUGACGGACUGCCCCGUGCCACGCUGCCGCGAGCUGCGGGAGCUGUCACGCAGCCAGGCCGCGCGUCGCGAGGACCAGCGGCGGCGCGCCUACCGUGCCAUGCUGACCUCGCAGGCCGCCAACCCGUAG